AUGGCGGCGCCCGGGGAGCGCGGGCGCUUCGGCGCCGGCGGCCUCUUCUCCUUCCUGCCCGGCGGCGCGCGCUCCGCGGGCGUGGACGACCCGGUGACCGACGCGCGCGGCCGCGGCGCGGGGCGCCCCGAGGCCGCCGCCCCGGCCCCCGCGCCCGCCCCGGCCCCCGAGACGCCGCGCGCCGAGGACGCCGCCCGCCGGCGGCCCUGCCGGGCCUGCGUGGACUUCAGGACCUGGGCGCGCUCGCAGCACAAGCGGGACGGCAGGCCCCGGGGGGACUGCCCGGAGGACCGCGAGGAGCUGGGCCGCCACAGCUGGGCCGUCCUGCACACCCUGGCCGCCUACUACCCCGACCUGCCCACGCCCGAGCAGCAGCAGGACAUGGCCCAGCUCAUACAUUUAUUUUCCAAGUUCUACCCGUGCGAGGAGUGCGCGGAGGACCUCAGGAAGAGGAUACACAGGAACCAGCCCGACACACGCACGCGGGCCGGCCUCACCCAGUGGCUCUGCCGCCUGCACAACGAGGUGAACCGCAAGCUGGGGAAGCCCGCCUUCGACUGCGCGCGGGUGGACGAGCGCUGGCUGCACGGCUGGAAGGACGGCUCCUGUGGCUAGGCCCCCGGAGGGGCGCGGCGGGGGGCCGGCAGAGGGGCGGGCGCUCAUUAAAGUGCACGGGAGCCGGAGCCUGUCGUGUCUCAGUUGGGGGGCCCCAGGGUGCCCUUCUCUGCGGUGGAAGACUGGAGGUGCCCAGUGGCCUCCCGAGGAGGAUGAGGCCUUUCAGGAUGAGGCCUGCUCUCACCCCACUGCCCACACCUGAUCCCCCAGCGGGGAGGCCCUGGGUCCAGCUGGGCCCCCGCCCCGCCCCGCGAGCCUGGCCAUUGUCUCCCAGGCGUCGGGGACAGCAGCAGUGGGCAGCCCCAGAGGCUGUGGUGAGGGGUGACCGGGGACAGAGCUCUCCCGUUGGCCCAGUUCCUCCGGGGAAGGAAGGCGCGGGCAGGGCCGCCUCUGAGGGCUCCAGGCCCGGGGUGCUUUGUGGGACCAACUGAUUAAACGCUGGAGACGUGACUGAGGGGCCAGCUCGCGUGGUCUGUGCUGGAACUUCAGCCGCCUCCUGUGCUGCUCUGGGCAGGGGCGGCUGGGGUGGUGCGGCCAGCUGGCCAGGGCAGGGGCAGGGGCUGGGCCCCAGCAAGGCCGUGACUUUGGCAUCUGCCCCUGGGCAGAAGCGUCCGCAGGGCUGGGGUAGGGGAAGGGCAAAGUCCCUUGAAAAGUGCGUCUGGCUGCUGAGCCCUGCCAGGGCAGGCACCAGGGCAGCCUGGAAGGGAAACUCGCAGGCCAGCUUGGGGGUGGGGAGGGCCGGGGCAGCCCGAGGCCAGCGGAGAAGGCCCUACCCAUGCAGCUAGCAGGAGCCUGAGCCUUCAAGGUGGGGUCACGCAGGGAGCCGCAGGUCCCGGCCCAACCGCCCCCUCUCCCCAGCGCCGGAGCUGGGCUCCAGCAGCAGCCUGUGCCCUGCCCCGGGUAGCGGCCGGUCACCAAGCUGUCUGGUGUCUCCCGGCCGAGGGCCAGCCUCUGCCACGGCCUCAGCGCCGCCCUGGUCGGCAGGCUGCUCCCACGGGGUUCCCCGGAGCAGGUGACAGGAGGGGGCAGCCAGCAGGAGUCGUGUCCCCCCAUGAGCUGCACCCCAAGAAGCUGAGGUCAGCUCAGCUUGGGAGAGGACUACCUGUGUGCUCGCUCCUCUGACCCCCCUUUGUCCCCAACUCUGGCUUCCCAGAAACUUCACCCCCCAAAACCUGAAAUGGCGCGGACCCCAGGGCUUCCAGGUUAGGCCAGAGGAGACGGUGCAGGGGAGGUUCUGGCUUCAGCAGUGG